GAGCGGCGCCUCAGAGCCUGUAGAAGAAGGAGGAGCGCUGUCAUGGCGGCCAAGGUGGUGAUGGUGGCCGUCCCGACGGUGAUCGGCAUAGCCUCCAUCCGUGUGUAUAGAGUAAGUGAAGUCCCAGCUGAUGGACUGGUUACUCGAGAAAAGCUGAACAUCUACACCCCACUGCCACAGUCUGCUCAGGCCCAGUUUGUGCCAGAGAGUCCGGGUGUUAUUCAGAGUGGGUUAACGACAGCGAGAGAGGGCAUACUGCCAUUUGUCCAGGCUAUUAAGGGUGCCUGUGUCUCUGUGAAGACAACAAGUGUUAAUCUAUAUCAUGCAGGAGAGGAUGUGUACUAUUACUUGAAAGAUCCUCCACCGGGUUUCCUACCCAGAUUUGGCACCAUCACCAUGGCUGGCCUGCUUGGCAUGUUCUUGACACGGAAAGGCUCUCAAUUCAAGAGGUUAGCAGUUCCGCUGGGCCUGAUGAGUGCAGGAGCGUCUGUGUGUUACCCAGCUCAAACGGUGGCUGUGUUUAAGGUGACAGGUAAGAAGGUGUAUGCUGUGGGGCAGUGGAGCAGCGCUGCAGUGUCUUCCCUCCUCACCCCCAAACCUCAGGAGCCUGUCGCCAAAGUUCCUGCUUCACAUCCAGAGAGAGCUCCAGUGCCAAAUCCAGAGUCUGCAGUAGCUGAGGAGCCCAGCUCCACCAGAGACAGCUCAAUCCCAGAGACAGAGGUGGAAUCAGCAGAGUCUGUGCCUCUCUCUGAUGAGCCUGCUGUCGCUGUCAGAACAGAGGAGGUGUCAUCAGUAACACUUACAGAGACAUCCCCCGACCAGACCCCCACAGACACCAACACAGAUCUAGUGUCACAUUCAGUGCCGGCAGAGACAGAGGUCACAACAACCUCUGAGGAAAUAUCUGCACCCGUUGAAAGUAAGGAGCCCUCAGACACCAAACAAGCACCGGUUGAGUCCACGCCAAGCUUAGAACCGGACACAGUAGAGUCUGCUCCAGUUGAGGUUGCCCCAGUGGAGGCUGCUCCAGUGGAGGUUGCACCAGUGGAGUCUGCUCCAGUGGAGGUUGCACCAGUUGAGUCUGCUCCAGUGGAGGUUGCACCAGUUGAGUCUGCUCCAGUGGAGGCUGCUCCAGUUGAGGCAGUUCAAGUGGAGGCCGCUCUAGUUGAGGCUGCCCCAGCUGAGGCUGCUCCAGAGGAGGCUGCUCCAGUGGAGGCAGUUCAAGUGGAGGCCACUCUAGUUGAGGCUGCUCCAGAGGAGGCUGCUCCAGUGGAGGCAGUUCAAGUGGAGGCCACUCUAGUUGAGGCUGCCCCAGUAGAGGCUGCACCAGCAGAGGCUGCACCAGUAGAGGCUGCACCAGCAGAGGCUGCUCCAGCUGAGGCUCCGGAAGUGGAGUCCGUUCCUUCCUCUGAAGCCCCACUUGCUCCAAACGCGUCAGAUGAGCCAGCAGAGCCAGUUGUUGAAUCAGCUGAGCCCGAACCUGCUGCUCAACCUGAGUUAACUGACCCACUACAAGCUGCUGCUGAGGAGACACCAACCCCGACACUCACACCAUCACCUCCUCAACAGCCUGCAGCAGAAAACAACAAAGAUAUGGUGCAUUUCUCCUCUUGUCCUCCAGGGGGCUCCGGUUUCAAGCCAGACCCUUCUCUCAUGGACUUUGGUCAGUCCAGCCCUGAGGAUGAAGACCUGUACAGCACACGCAGCUGAGACGCCACAGCCAUCCGCGGGAGAAACCUCAUUCCCACACUGCCAUCUCAUAUCUCAGUCAGAUACACCAACACUUUGUAUCAUUACGCAGUGUAAAUAGGCCAUUUUGCAAGCAAGCAGAGUCUUUCAUCAAUAUUUCCGUUCGCGUUUCUUUGGCCCACGUCAUUUAUAUUUCCACACAAAAGGUCCAGGUGCAUUUGCUUUGUAGCAGCAGAGCAGCAAAUUCCUGUACACAGAGCUGAGUCGGCUUGCGUAGAAGGAGAGAAAUGCGGAAAAAAAAAUAACACCCACAACUGUUUACAAGUCUUUUAAUUCACAGAUGGCAGAUUGUGAAAAUUUUCUCUCUGUAUGUGUUAUUUAACAAUUAUUGGCUUUUUGGGCAACAGCUUUCACAGUCAUGAGUGCAUGGUGCUUUUAUUUAUUGUAAUUUAGCCCACUGUGUUGGUAUGCUGAAAAGACUGCACAUGUGCUGGUGAUGGUUACAAGAUGGACCAGUGCUGCUCCAUUUGAUCACAUCGCAAAUUGUCCUCAGUUGUUUAGAACCAAAAAUAAAUCUAUAUUUUUCAUGG